AUGGCAGGGAAAACAGCUGUAGACGCUAUUAAAGGAAUGAAUUGUGAACCCGAAAAUAAUAACACCUAUUCGAAGAUCAUCUUUGGAAAAAGCUUGUCUUCGACAGUUCUGUUUGUUCAGUGGAAUAUAGUUUACCAUGAUGACUUACACGGCUACGAAGUUGGAUAUAUUCCAUACAUUAAACGCCACAAAAUGAGCAGCAUACAAGCAAGCAAGGAUGUUACCAGUGUGGUCAUAUCUGGACUGAAAGCAUUUACAAUGUACGAAAUUUAUGUCAGAGCCAUAACACCAUCGAGUGUAUUACCCUGGAGUAAACCUUUCUACCUUAGGACGGAGGAGAUUGUUUUCACAGCACGUCCUCAAAAUCUAAGGCUUCAAUACCUUCAGCCAACUUUAUGUAUUGUUUCUUGGGACGAGGUUGAUUUAAUGGAUAUUGAAAGUGGCUUGGUUCUUGGGUAUUUGGUUAGACUGACUACACCAAAUGGCGAAAGAUCAAAAAUUGUGAAUGGAUCCAGCGAACGUUCUAUUGUCCUAGAUACACUGCAGGCUAAUACUGUUUACAUUGUCAAAGUAGCUUACGUUUCCUUGAAAGGUUUUGGUCCUUUGUCACUACCGCUGUACGUAAAUACUCCAAAAGAUGAUCCUUGUGCAUCUUUACCCUGUUUGAAUGGUGGAACAUGCCAACCCAACUUCUACGGGCCUAUCUUAUUCACCUGUUUAUGUUUACCCAAAUACAGCGGAAAAGUUUGUCAGUAUUAUUCUACAGGUCCUUUUGACAAUGUCACGUGUACAAGCCCUAACGUCACAUUACCGACCGUCAGUCAUUCCCUAAAAGAAGCAACUAUAGUCUAUAGCUCAAAUACCUUGAUAAUACCAGCUAAGGUUAUAACAUUCUGCAUGGAAAAUUACCAGAAAAUCUCUGUUUGGAAAGUCACGCCAAUCGUCUCAUCUCUGGUAGUUUUUCAAAGUAAUAAUAGUGAAAAUUUGACCAUUCCAAUGAGAACUCUCGGUUAUGGCCGAUAUAUGGUAAAUCUCACUGUGAAAAUGAAAAAUUAUGAAGUAUUUAAUCGCGUUGCGGGAUAUAUCCACGUCAAACCGGACCCCUUAGUAGCUAACAUCAAAGGCGGUCCUAGGAGAGUAAAACCAGCAAAUGGAAAAAACAUUGUACUUGAUGCAUCCAUGUCUCACGACUUGGGAACAGGAAACUCAAGAGGGCUUACGUUUACCUGGCUGUGUAGAACGGCAUACGAAUCUUUUCCAGAUAAUGCUUUGGAUUACCCAAUUGUGGAGAUUCCAAUUUUCUUUCCUGGGAACAUUAGUACUUUGCCCUACAAGCGAGGCGGAUGCUAUGGAACUGGACCAGGAAAACUUCCUGGAAAUGGGCCGUUAAUGGAAUUUGAAAGUUAUUACGUUGUCGUCAACACCACUUAUGUUUUCACGGUCAUCGUUAGCAAUAGGAACAGAAGAGCAUUGUUUGUCCAGGAAAUCCAGAUAGUUCCAGGCACGGCACUUAAUGUCAGUAUAAGAUGUCUUCAAAACUGUAAAACUACACCGAACCCAAACAGCAAAAUGGCAUUCCAAUCUAUUUGCAACGAAGGUUCUUCGUGUGGUAAUAUACAUAGCUAUAAGUGGUCGGCAUUCUACAGAAUCAAUUCUUCUUGGCAAGAAAUCAUGGACCUUCAAAACCGUAGCGAAACUCCACUGUCUUCCAAUAUCUUGAUACUCAAAGCAUUUAGCUUACUCACGGGAAAAACGUUACGAAUAACUGUAACAGUGAAUAGGACCAGUGGAUUGCCAGGGAUAACUGAAUACAGAUUUACAACCAACAUUGGUCCAAGGCAUGGAAACUGUAGCGCAUCUCCUAAAAGUGGCAGAGCCCUGAAAACUGUGUUUUACUUCAAAUGUUACAACUGGACAGAUACGGAGCAACCAAUCACCUAUACCUUUAAAUAUAUGACGUCAGACGGAUUUGUACACAUACUUCAAGAGGGAAUUACGUCAUAUCUGAGUGUGGCGUUACCACCUGGCGACGAUAAUCAUAUGCUCAGGGUUGCUAUUGAGAUUGCUGAUUCUGUUGGAACUUACUCUAUCGUAUACACACCCGUACAUGUAUCAGUAGGUGUUGGCGUCAACAAGCAAAAGUUAAUUAAUGACAUAAGUGCAUUGACGGUAGGCAACAGCAGCUCACUUCAUAUUCUCUUCCAAAGAGGAAAAAUUCAAAAAGUCCUACAGUUAUCAAGGAAUGUUCUGUUGACGUUGAAAGAAUAUGAGCAUCAGCUAGUCACGGAUGACGUUAUACAGAUCAAGUCGGCGAUCGUUAAAAAGAUCGCCUCGAUCAAAGCGAAGUCAUUGACAGGAGUCAGGGAGACCGCAUCCAUUAUUGCUCUAGCUAUGUACAAGAUAGGUGAUGUGGAUCAUGAAGCUGAGAUAAAAGCUGCAAAAGCCCUUGUUUCCUUAACGUCAGUUCUGGAGCAGUUGGGGCCGGUCGAGCCGAACUAUGAAUCUUUGGAACGCGGAGCCCAAGGACUCGUAGCAGGAAUAGGGAAUGUACUGCGAGUGGUUUCUUCGAACGCGAAAUUCAAAAAGCAGACACAGCCUGGUGAUCCUACAAAAAGUGGUAGACUUUUGACGUCACAUAAGAAAAUUUUGCGAGACUUGAUGAAUGCUACAGAACGAAUGGGAGAUGUUUUGUUGUCUAAAAUCGUUGUAGGAGGGAAAGGUUCCACUCUUGAAGGAGACACUAUGUCGUUGCUUCUCUCUAAAAAGAAGCCAGGAGCAUUAGCAGGAUCAAAGUUUGAUGAUAUGGGAGCCAGAUUUACUUUUCCAAAUGACGAAAAAGCCUUUGAAAAAGGCUCUACUGCUGUUGGUAUUCAGAUGCUCGUGACAAACUUUACGAUGUUUGCCUGGGACAAAACGUCAACAAAGGUGUCUUCUUUAGUCGUACACAUGAAAAUCAAGGACCGCUCUGGUAAUGAAAUUCCUUUGAAGAACCUUUCUUCUCCUGUGGAAAUCAGGCUACCUCAACGUGUCCAGUACGAUACACCAAGGAACAAUACUUAUAUUGUUGGGUUCGGAAGAACUGCUUAUCACAAGGUAGACAUUGAAGAUGAUGGAAUGAUGUUGGUGAUCAAAUUAAUUCCACAAGACAACAACACCAAAUUACUUUUAGCCGUAAAAUCCCAGGAACGACCAAGCAAUGAUGAAGAAUUCAAAUUUUCAUUUCCAAUGGAAUAUAAUACAAAAAAUGGCACUUCAAUUUAUAGUUAUUCAGAUCCUCACACUAUUCACAUCGGCAGCCCGUACGUCUCUAAGGCGGGGAGAUAUUACAUUGGUGUUCGUGUUGGAUUGGAAAUAAAUAAUCUUACAGUCAAUCAAACCCAUGGAAAAGUACAGGAUUCAGUGGGCAUUAUUUUACAUAAAGAGGUUGUGUAUGAGUUAGAAAUCAGAGCUUCAGGAUGUUUGUUUUGGAAACAGGAAGAAGAAAGGUGGAGUGAUUAUGGCUGCAAGGUAAGUCAGACAGAAAUGAAUUCAGUAGUGUGCCAAUGUAAUCAUCUGACAUCGUUCGCUUCCCAGCUUUACGUAGCUCCUAACCCAUUAGACUUUCAAAAAGUGUUUAUCGAGUUCUCUCGCCUUCAUGAGACGGGAAACGUUAUGACCUUCGUCGUCUUGGGCCUCGUGUUCUUAAUAUACGUACUUGUAGUACUAUGGGCUAGACGCGAAGACAGAAAAGACCAGCUGAAGGUUGGUCUGAAGCCUUUCCUUGGAAUUUGCACACCAGAAAGCUAUAAAUACCAUAUCUCAAUUUCUACUGGAAUUUGGAGAAAUUCAGGAACAACUGCAAAUGUCUACAUCAUUCUUUAUGGAGAUCUUGCAACGGGUCAGCCAAUCCACCUUAUCAAUCCAUCGUGUGUGCCAUUCUCACGAGGAAACACUGAUUACUUUCUCCUGUCGUUCCAAGAAAACUUGGGAAACAUCAAGAAAAUACGUAUAUGGCAUGAUAACUCUGGAGUCAACCCGUCGUGGUUUUUGAGUCAUGUUACUAUCCAAGCUGACGACAGCAAUGACGAUGUAUCAUUGUUUAUUUUUCAGCAGUGGAUUGCAGUAGAGAAAGGGGCUGGGUUCGUUGAUCGUACAAAAGGUGUUGCUUCAAAAGAGGACCUCAGGAAUCUUGGGACAUCAUUUUAUGGGAAACUUUCCGAACAAUUUGCUGAUGAACAUCUGUGGUUGUCCAUAUUUGCUCGAAGUCCUGAUUCUCAUUUUACAAGAGUACAACGAGUGAUGUGUUGUUUGUCCUUGAUUCUCAGCAUCAUGCUCUGUAACGCAAUGUUUUAUGAGUUUGCACCACAGCCUGAGAGAAAUAUUGCAAGCCUGUCACUCAAAAUGGGACCAAUAAGGCUAAACAUGCGUCAGUUGAUUGUUGCAGUUGAAAGUGCGUUGAUCAUUGCCCCGUUUCAUUUACUGAUUGCGCUGAUAUUUAAGAACACAUCUUCUGAAUUAUCCACGGAGUUCAUUCGUGACAAACGCUUUUCAUUUACGACACAAAAAAAGGAAGACAAAAGGAAGAAGACCAAAGAACGAAAGAUACUUCCAAGAAUAUUCGUACACAUUGCUUACCUCCUGUGCCUUCUUUCAGUGCUUGCGUCGUCUUCAUUCAUCGUCUUUUACUCGCUGUUUUGGGGUAGUUACAUCACUAAUCAAUGGAUUAUUACAAUCGUAAUGUCAUUAACGCUUGAUAUCUUCAUUGCAAAACCAGUAACAUUGGUUGGUUUAGUAUUAAUAGUGUCACUAUCAUGCCGCUGGCGUAUACAUAAACUCAAAAAGCCACAAAGUCUUGAACAAGAUGCCAUUUUCACGUUAGAAGACAUGGAUUUAAUCAAAAAUAGUAAUAGUUUUGUUGGUGCUCAUGGAACGGAGUUCCAGGAUCUCAUGCAGCCUCCAAACCCACCAACUCGACAACAGCUACAAAAAGCGAGACGUCUGCAACUUAUGAACGAAGAGCUCUAUUCAUGGUUAUGGGAUUUGGUGGUUUUACUUCCUUAUAUUGGCAUUUUGUUUGCCGUCUCCUAUGGAACUCGGGACAAGAAGCUUUAUACAGCUCCCAUGUCCAUAAAAAAUGCAUUCCAACAUYAAGGGGUUACGACAGAUACUUUCUUGGACUUCUGGCAAUGGUCUGAAGAAGUACUAAUUCCUGGAGUUUACGAAGACGCAACGAACAAAAGCGGUCCAGUAAACUUUGGUUACGUUCUUGCAGGACUACCAAAAGUAACCCAAAAGAGGGUAAUGAACUAUGAGUGCAGGAUCGAACAGCAGUUCAAGUCCAUGAUAAACAACUGCACUAUUCCCUACUCUCCAGGCUACGAAGAAAACAGAGAUUUCCUGCCCACGUGGAUUUUGCCGAAAUCAUCUACCAACAUAACGGGCUUCAACAUCAAGAAAUCUUUUCAAGGCGCAUGGACUUAUUCUCAUACUGGAAUCUUCUUCUGGAGCUAUGUAGGCAUUUUAAGGGUCUACCCGAGUGGAGGCUACCUUGCCAGGUUUGGGAGGUCUGCGGAAGACACAAGACGAUUAUUCAGGGAUUUACAGUUUUAUCAUUGGAUUGAUUUUAGGACGGCAGCGAUAUUUGUCAGCUUUACCUUGUUCAAUCCUUAUACCUCUCUUUUCGUUGCUGUAAAAAUUGCCUUUGAGAAAAAACUUGCAGGCGCGAUGGAAAUAACAUACAUUGUGCAACCUAUAGAUUUCUACGACGUUGGUGCAGGAUACGAGAUUGUGCUUUUGGUUUUCCAACUAUUUUUGCCAUUUUUCGUCAUAUAUUACAUAGUUGAGCAAGUACGAAAAAUGCGAAGAGGUUUGAUUGCUCAUUUUUCUGUGUUUUUCAACUGGGUGGAGUGUUCUCAGAUUUGCUGCACGAUUUGCUGGAUGGCAAUCCAUAUAUACCGAAUGGUACAAAUUGAUAACAAUUCUAAAAUUCUAUCUGAGGACAUUUUUCAAGACAACGACUUCGAAGUGGUAGUGUUGUUGAAUGAUAUCGAGAACACGCUGCUCGCAUUGAUGAUCUUUUUCAACACCUUAAAGCUUCUCCUUAUCAUCCAGUUCAGUCACGUCAAACAGUUCUUUGGAAUUCUGAGAUUCUCCUUCAAAGAGUUACUCUCAUACGUUGUAAUCCUUUGUGUAACGCUAUUUGCCUUUGCAGAUUCCGGGUUUCUUGUUUUUGGAGCCAAUAUUUAUAACUUUAGUGACGUCUUCAAAGCCUUGUCACAGCUUUGCGCCAUUAUYGUUGGAGGAAAAUUACAUCUGGAAGAGCUUGAGAACGCAAAUACGAUAUUGGGGCCAGGUUUCUUUGUCCUAUUCGCACUCCUGUCGAUGAUAUUUUUUGCAAAUGCAUUUAUAAUGAUACUCAUUCAUUACUACCGGGGUCAAAUCGAGAAGUUACGUAAUAUAUACGGUCUGGGAAGAUUUAUUGUGGAUCGCAUAAAGGAAGUUUGCGGAUUUGGAAAAACUGUUAUUCCAGACGAAUGGACAGAUGUGGAUGAAAUACGCCUCCAGUGUCACCUUGCUAAUGUAUUGGAUCUUUCUAAUACCAAGAUCAAGAGAGUAAUACAGCAGCAGAAAAAAUACCAUGGCUUGGUUAGUUAUAAAGAAAUCAAAUCCCAGAAAGUGCAAAAUUACUCGCACAAUAAAAGUUUAGCUUCCAUUUGCCUACGAGAUGAACAGUUGCCAAAUUUGAUAUUUGGAAACAAGCUAAAGGACAAAGAAAAAAGAUUUCAUUUUCAAGCUCAAAAAGUCAAACCAAACAUCGUGAAUACUACAAACAGUGUAGAAAGUACUGUUUCAUUCAAGUUUCAUCACAUGAGCGCCUUGUUUAAUAAUAUUUAUGCAGAAGAGGUCCUGGACRACAUUGAUACAGUUCUUCUUGGAAUUGCAAGUCGUAAACAGAAGGACAAGCUGCGCAUGCCACAAUCAAUCACAGAAAUAUUUGAGAUCAAGUUGCCCCAAGAGCAAUUACCAGAGUCUAUCACAGAAAUAUUUGGGAUGAAGCCAAAGGAACCCUUACCACAACCUAUCACAGAAAUAUUUGACAUGAAGUUGCCCCAGGAGCCAUUGCCACAAUCUGUCACAGAAAUAUAUUUUGGAUGA